AUGGACAGGCCUUCCAAGCGGCCGCGGCUGUCAAUGGCCUGCAACAUCUGUCGUCAGCGCAAGGUCAAAUGCGAUGCAGAGUAUCCCAAGUGCCGCAAUUGCCGCCUGCGCAACCAACAAUGUAUCACCACCGAUCCCCAGCGACCAGGGGUGACUGGCAUUCGAGAAUGGCUGGAUAUACCAGACAAACAGACUCCUCAGAAUGAUGAUCAGCCUCAGCAUCCGGCAGUCGGUGAUCAGAAUCACCAGGAAGCGACCGACACCCCACAGAAGCUGUCGCCUAAUGAGGUGUCGCCCGUGCAUCAUCCGUUCGACGUCUCGUUCAACGUCGAGCAUGGCACCGACAAGGUCAAGAUUAUGGGUGGAAGCAGUUCGCAAUGCUUGGCGAAAUCCCUCGAUGUCUACUUCAAGGCUGCCCGACUGAAACCAGUAUCGGGCUGCUUCCGGUACGGGAUGAGACACGCGGAGGAACUCGAUCUGCCGUUAUCUCUGUCUUUGCCGGAGCUACCAGACAGUGACCGACGAGAGCGCUAUUUGUCCGCCUAUAUCACUCGCAUACACACUCUCUAUCCUAUCUUUAACACAACCCGGCUUCGCCUGGGUACUGAUCUCUUUGCCACUGCGGGUGGCUUCACGAACCUUCCGCGCGACCAAAUCCCGCGGAUCGUGUCAGCGUACUUGAUCAUGAGUUUAGGAGCAGACGAGAUAGGCCAGGGGGCAACAGUGGACGGAGAUCGCUACUUGCAAGCAGCGGCGUGUCUGCUGUCUCAUGUUAUCAUCAUCCCGUAUCUCCCGACCGUGCAGACAUUGCUUCUUUUCACCAUGGCAUACCGCGGGCGGAACCAGGAAGGUCUAGCAUGGCAGACUCUAGGCAUGGCUAUUCGGACUGCUUAUACGCUGGGAAUCAACCGGACUUCUACCUCCAACUCCGAAGGAAAGAACAUCGAGCGACGCGUGUGGGCCGUGUGUUGGUGUCUGGAGAAGAUGAUGCAUCUGGAAUCGGGACGGCCGACUGUCAUCGGAUAUCAGCAUCCUAAGCCAGAAGAUGCUCUAGGAGAGAGUAAAUUCCUGAAGUGGCACGUCGAGCUUGGAGAAUACCAAGGCAAUAUCAGUCAUCAUCUGUACAGUCAUCAAUCAGGGACAAGGGAUGUGCGACAAAUCCUCUUAGACACAGCGCGACUAGACCGCGAACUGUUGUCCUGGGCGAACCGGGUACCUACCGACAUGCGUCCGGGGAGUGAUAUCUUCUGCGCAGACGAGGAGUUUCAUGCAGCUGCUUUUUUGUCUAUCCAGUAUCACAGCACCCUGAUCUCGCUGCAUCGCGCCGCCCUCAUCGCCCCGACAUCGAGUUUUGAGGAGGAAGUGGCGAAAUAUUGCUCCGAUGAGCCAUCGCAGUUUCGAAUGCGUCAUGGAGAGUCAAUCUGCGUGAGCAGCGCUCGAGCGAUUGCCAAGCUCAGCGUCCAGCUGUCGGAACGCAAGACAGACUCGCAGACUAUCCCGGCUGGCCCAUCCCUUCUGGCUUGCAUUGUACUGGCUAUCUUUCUGAUCAAGCAUCCGGGUUCCCGGUUACAGGCCAUGGAUUUGCAGCUUCUCAAGGCAUGUCUAGAGUAUAGUAGUCACCACCUAUCUCGAUACGAUCCCGAUCCGCGAUUCAUAGAAGGUAUCGCGGCUAUCUACGAACAAUGCAGCACCCAUCUUCGGUCCUGGUCGGCUGCAGAAGCCAAAAGGCGUCCACACAGCCGUGACAGUCUCGCGAAGCUUAAUCCACUUCCUACUCCAGCAGUUGAUGACGCGCUGCCAUCUUGGCGGCCUACUGAAGUGAUGCAGCCGAGCGAUCUGCACAAACAGAGUAAUGGUGAAUACCAGUCUCAGCGUGUGAUACAAUCAGCCGUAUCUACACCUGCUAUAGACCAUGGCGAAGACCAUCUAGACUCGUUAGGAUUUUCCAGUACAUCAAUGCUUGAUGGGUUCGUCGCGGAGGGUGUCAACGUGGACCAGGUAUUUCCCUUCGAAGGAUACAAUGUGGAGGAGCUGUGGAAUUGGAUGGGAUGCUUAGAUAGUCCGGGAUCGAUGCCUGAUAUACGAUAGUUCUCUACGGGGAAGAUAAG